AAUGACGUCACGUUACCGUAGAAACAGAGGAGCGUCGGAGUUCAGCUAAGAGCUAAGAAAACGUGAUAACCUGAGCUCUGUAACUCUUCUUAAUUUUCGUUCUAACGCUACGGACUCUCUGCGAAGGCUGUGUAACAGGCAGAGAUGGAGGAGGAGGUGGUGCUGGAUCUGAAGAGGCAGCUGGAGGGUGGAGACCUGAACGCGGAGCAGAGAGUCCGCCUGCUAAACAACAGCCUGAACAAGGCGGUGAACAUGGCGGCGCUGGAGACGGACGGCGGCCUUGUGUUGACAGCUGUGAAGUCUCGCCUGUAUCUGGGCGGACUUCUGAGUCACUGCAUCCCCCUCAUGACUCAAUAUCCCAGAAUGCAACAGGGAAACUGGGCCGCCGUGGCCCGGCUGGCCCAGCUCACCAGUGUCUGCUGCGUGGGGGUGGAGCCUGGAGAACAAUCGCAGGCUUUUCAUAGGCUGUUCCUGCCGUCAGUCAUGGAUGGACUCCUGUCAUUGGCCGCUCAGCUGAUGAGGCGGGAACAAUGUGUGUCUCUCCUCAGGAAGGUUAUGGACUCAGUGUGCUGGCUGCUCAGAGCUCACCCCCAGCUCACCACACAGGUUCUCAGCUCCGAGCACUACGAGCAGAUCCAGGUGUGUGACGACGACAGCGUGACCCUGCUCUGUGUGCAGAUGUGGAUUCAGACCUGCACUGCCAGCAGGGACUUCCUGUCCGAGCUCUCCGAUGACUCCGCCCUGUUGCUGCUCAAUGAGGCCGUCGGCCAAUUAGCUGUCAGCUCUGCCUCCUCAGUGGGCGGGGCCUCCGUUAGACUCAUCCUGCUGAUGGCCAAUCAGCAGGAGGCUCGUGUGAAGCCCCUCCUCCUCAGCUUCAGAGGUCUGGACAGCCUAUUGGAUAAAGACUGGAGGGGGCGGGGCUUCGAACAAGAGGUGGAUCAACUGAUCGCAAUCAUCCAAUCAGACGCAAGGAGUCUCCCCCAGGUGUGUUCUGAGCGUGUGCGGGCGGCGUGUUUGAUCCAGGCGGCGUGGAGGUCGUUUCAGACGAGGCGCCGCCUGAGGAGCCUGAGCCGAGUGGUGAGCCAGCUGCAGAGGAGAUACAGGGCUCGCAGGAGGAGGCAGCUGCAGCAGCAGGAGGUGCAGCGAGGAGAGGAGGAACUCAGCUUUCAGGUGUUUAUGAGGCGUCUGCAGGCCAGGAGGAAGUUCCACCAGAAACAGAGCCAGCUGCUGCAGCUACUUCCUCCUGACCAGGUGCAGUGGUACCUGCAGGAGUGUGAGCGUCGGGCGGCUGUGGUGAUCCAGAGCUCCUGGAGAGGCUUCAGAGAGAGACGACGCUACAACACACACAGACACACACACACUCAGCAGCGAGCCGCCAAGACCCUGCAGAGAGUGGUGCGUCUCUUCCUGCAGAACCGGCGAGCAGCGAAGGCCCCGCCCACCACGUCUCUCUGGAUUGGUCAGAAGGGUUUGACGGACAGCAGGAGGGCGGAGCUACAGAGACAGGUGGAGGAACAGCUGUCUCUGCGUCCUCUUGGGUCCUGUGUGUCCCGUCAGGAGUGUGAGGGUCUCCAUCAGGAGGUCCAGUUGCUGCUGUUGCAGAGGAGACACCAGAAUGCGGGGGGGCAGAGGCUGGAGACACUGCUGGCUCACACACACACACAGCUGGAAAAACUCAGAGAUGCCCCCCCUCUCUCUGUCGUCAUGGCAACAGUCGCAGACUCCUUCCUGAGCCCCUCGGGUCCCAUUGGCGCCCGAGCCCGCGUCUCCCACAAUGCACUGCUGCAGGCGGGCCGGCUGCCCUGGUGGAGGACACUGGGCGACGACACGUUUAGCCCCGCCCACCUGCAGGGCCUGGAGGCGGAGCUUGGGGGACUGUUUGUGGGGGGGGCAGCGGGGGUCAAAAUUUAAAUUCAAAUUUGUUUGUCUACAUUGUAUACAGUUCUUAUUUUGUUGUCUUUUUAAAUCUUAUAAAUGCUACAGUGUUCCAAAAAAU